UGUUAUCCUGCAUUGGGGCUGGGAAAUGGCAUCAGCUGGAUAAUGUGCCAUUCAUCAGAGGGUCAUCGUACAUAUUCAACACUCUGGAAUUAGGUGAAAAUGACAUCACUUCUGUACAAGAAACUAAUUGGUUACCCUACAGAUGGACAGAAACCUUAUGUAAGUGAAACUUUUCUGAUGAUCAAUGGAACUGUGUUAAGGUCUCAAAUGUCCCUAAGAAAUCACAGAAUAUUGGAAUCAUUCUUUAAUCAAAAAGUUGAACCCAGUAAGAAAUUAGCCCGUGAAAAUAAAUUAUCAAGAUCUUCUAAAUUAGGUUUACUUCAUCAAAUAGAAGAAAGUGAAAAGAACAUGUAUGUUGGAAAUCAUUUAGAUCCACGUUUGGCUGAUCCCAACACAGCCAGAAGUAAACUUAGGCAAAGACCAUCCUUUGCUAAAGAUAAUAGAUUUAGUUCACACUUUGGCAGAGCAAACCAUCUUCAGUGGAACAUUAAUGAAGGGAGAACUGACAGACGUAGUCCUUUGAACGUAUUAAAUUCUGAUAAUAUUCCAGUGCAUCAGCUAAACCAUCGACCACCAGAACAUCUUAAUCAUGGGCUUCGUCUGACCACAAGUGCUUCAAAGUUUGAUAAAAAUCUAAAGCACAAAAGGCACAAGGUUAUAAAGAGAGUUAGGCGGGGCCAACUCGAAGAUCAAAUAGACAGUAUCAAGCAGGAAGUGAAGUCAACUACAAUUUUUACAUUCAAAGAAACAACUACAGAUAAAUCAAAAACAACAUUUGAGUUUGAUGACCAUUACCCAGAUAUUGUGAAACUGAAUAUUUCCACUCAAAGACCUGAAAAUCCACGCACUGUAGUGAAACCCCCAGAAGAGAUCAUUUCUAUAUUUGAAAUACCCAGUAGUUCUCCAGAAAGUGACAUGCUAACUCAAGCCAUUGUGGAAGUAGGAAAUAGAUCAGAUGAUAGUUAUUCAAAAAAAAACAAAGUUGAGCAAAACCCACUGCUAAGGAAAGCACUUGAUCCUGGACAUUUCAGUAGGACUAUGCAGGAAGCUGAGGUUAUCGAUGUGGGUAGUAAUGAACCAUAUAAAGUUAAUGUUUCAGAUGGGUCUUGGCACAAACCACUCGGUCAGUUCCUGGAUAAAGCUGUGCAGAAUGAAGUCGAGCAAAAUUCUGCAACACAACCCAACGCUAAGCUCACUCAGCUUGAAAUUAUUAAACUACUAGAGGAUGCAUACAAGAAAUCUACCGAACAGACCAAUUACACUGAAGAGACCAGUACGACCAGGGUUUCAGAACACCGGACAACCACUCCAGCUGUGGAGAAAGUGGAAGGUAAUAAAGAUUUAAUUCCCCCAGUACAUCCCAAGAAAAUAAUAAAGGAAUCAGUUAAAACUUCUUCAUCAAAUAAUUCUAAAAUCAAAACAAAUGUUGAUGAUAUGUUUGAGACUAAAGUUAAUGAAGAAGUGCGAGCAGUAGAACCCAACAAGGAUAUACAAACUCUGUUUGCUCACGUAAUAAGAAUAAUUAAGAUAGAUUGUCUGAAACCUAAAUUAAAGGCUGCUUGUACAGAUCUUCUUACCAAAAUAGGACACCUAAUGAAGCAGUAUGAAGGAAAAGAGUAUUUACCUGAACUAGGGUCUUGGAAUCCUUCUCUUUUGCGUCCAGACGAUAAAGAAGAAGCAGGGGGAAAAGAAACAGAUGUAUUCCCUCCACCAAUAACACGACCACGACCGCGACCGCGUCCGCAUCCGCAUCCACAUCCGCACAAAGGACAUGAAACAGGAACGUAUGUACCGAAUUAUGCUGAAAUGCUUAAUACGGAACCGUCAAAGAAGCAGAUGAGUUUAUCAGCAGUGGAAUAUGGGCACAAGCUUCUUCUGGCUAUCGCAGUUACUGUUGUAGUGAUGAUUAUUAUUGCAGUGGUUUGUCUAAUAGAGAUUUGCUCUCAAAGGUCAGAAUCAAAGACACCUUACGCUUCAGGAGAAGCUGGUUGUAAAAAGCCAUACAAGAGCCCUCUGAAGAAAAUGACAGAGCGAAUAACUGGGAAGAGUUCAGCUAAAGAUGCACAGAAGGCACCCCUGUUGGAUGAGGAUAUAGAGCUUCCAAAACCACUUUGGCUUCAAGAUUUGUAUCAGCCUCUGGAUUCAGUUCGUAAGAAAUCAAUGGGUCAUGGAUCACAUUAUAAAGAUUCCUCAGAAGAAGAGGAAGUAUUUAGCAGAGCAAAUGUGAGUGGACGCUCUGAUGCCAGGAAUCCAUAAGGACCCCUAAGAAAAGUCAACACAUUCGCUUCACAAGGAGCAUCCCGCAAGGAGCCAAAUACUUUGUUUGAGAAGAAUUCUUUUUUAAUAAAAUGAUGUGCUUACUCUUAUCAA